ACACCCUUACUGUCUAUGGCUACACCUGAAUGGAUUACAAAAUGGCUACAAACAAUUAAUUGUGAGGAUGAUCAAGGGAAGCUGUGGAAUCCCAAGACUAAGCAUUUGUGUGUUUGCUGAUGGAGAUGAAGAGUCUGUGUCAGUUACAGAGAGAGAUUCAGUCACUCUAAAGUCUGGUUUUACUGAAUUAAAGACACUUGAUGACAUUGAGUGGAGGUUCAGCGGAUCUCGUAUAGCUACCAUCACCAGAAACUACGGUGAGAUCUCAGUAUGGGUUAAAGCUGAUGGGUCAUUCAGAGACAGACUGCAGCUGGACAAUCAGACUGGAGAUCUCAAGAUCAGCAACAUCAGCACCACAGACUCUGGAGAAUAUAAACCACUGAUCAGCAGCAUCAAUGGAUCCCCCCCAGAGGUGACAUUCACUGUCAAAGUUAACCCUGUAGUUGUGUCUGCUGCUGAAGUGAAGUCAGUGUCAGUGCUGGUGGGAGAUACAGUCACUCUACAGACUGAUCUUACUGAGAUACAGAUAGGUGAUGAGAUGCAGUGGAGGUUUGAACAUCAAAACACUCCUAUUGCUGAAAUCAACAGAGCUACGGAAAUCUUCAUCACAUCUGACGGUCCUGAUGACCGAUUCAGAGGCAGACUGAAGCUGGAUCAUCGGAAUGGAUUUCUGACCAUCACAAACAUCACAACUCAACACACUGGACUUUAUCAAGUUGAGAUCAGCAGUACCAUCAGCAGUUACAUCAUACACCACACACAGUCAUUCAGAGUCACUGUCAGCGGUGAGUCCAUCAAUGAAAUAUAUUUAGAUUCAUUUUCUGUGAAUCAUUUAGAUGAAAACUUAUUUGCACUGAAUUAA